CAAAACAGUGUGGACCUGCCCCUUUAAGAGGAGUUCCAGCGAUUUGAAUGCUGCAGAUUCAGAAUCCACAGUAGCCUACCUGCCAGUAAAAUAGAGCAUUCAAGAGCAGGAGCAGCAGGCAACUAACUGCACUUGCAUCACAAUCACACGGUCGUGGACGGAGGAAUGGGGGGGUGUACAGCUAGUUAGAUUUCCCGAUAAGAAGGAAAAGCUCACUACAAUCAAUUAAGAUGGUGUCGUGGAUUAUCUCCAGGAUGGUAGUCCUGGCCUUCGGGACCCUCUACCCGGCCUACUCCUCAUACAAGGCUGUCAAGACGAAGAAUGUGAAGGAAUAUGUGAAAUGGAUGAUGUACUGGAUAGUGUUUGCGUUAUUCACCACAGUGGAGACCCUCACUGACUUGUUCAUGUCCUGGUUUCCUUUCUACUUUGAGUUGAAGAUAGCCUUUGUGAUCUGGCUCCUGUCUCCGUACACUAAGGGCUCCAGCGUGCUCUACCGCAAGUUCGUCCACCCCACCUUGUCCAACAAGGAGAAGGAAAUAGACGAGUACAUCACCCAGGCCAAAGACCGUAGUUAUGAGACUAUGAUGAGGUUUGGAAAGAGGGGGCUAAACUUGGCUGCUACAGCCGCCGUCACCGCAGCUAGCAAGGGCCAGGGUGUGCUGUCGGAGAAGCUGCGUAGUUUCAGCAUGCAGGACCUGACUCUGAUCAACGAUGGGGAGGAGCUGGGCCUGCGUUCCUCUGACCCGCGCAUGAGAAGAGACGCCAUGGACGACACAGUUACUGGAAGUAGCACGCUAUCUAACACACUGCCCCGCGCCAAAGCCACACGCCAGACUCGUUCCUCCAUGGUUCCUCAUCUUGACGAAUCAUCGCAGCACAGCUCGGACCAAUCAGACACCAGGAGCAUCACCACGGAGCAUUCUGACGAGGACGUCGUGGAGAAGGCCCCCGUGAAACGCACGGCCAGUGUCAGGGCAACCAAAAAACCUGCCGCUGCCAAGACAGAGACGACUACUACUACUAAGACGGUGAAAAAGAUGCCAAAGAAGAAGACUGCCACUACAGCUAUAGCCAGCAACAACGGCGAGUCACAAUGAUACCUGAAUCUACUGUCCCGAUCUACACCCUACUGUACGCUACUAUACACACACACACACAGACACAGCCAAGGACCUCUGGACAGUCACUCUUGCCAGUUAAGCGCAACUCACAGGUUUCGUUCUACUAUAUAUGCCCAGCUUCAUUUCAACUCACAGGUUUCAUUCUACUAUAUGUAUGGCCAGCUUCAUUUCAACUCAUAGGUUUCGUUCUACUAUAUGUAUGGCCAGCUUCAUGUCAACAGCACUUUUUAUUUAACCUGCUGCUUACAUUUGAGGUUGUAUAGUCAUUGACAUCAGUGUAUGUAAGUGCAUGUUUUGUUUGAGGUAAUGGCAGUGAUGGCCUGUUAACUGAACUGAAAAUGUGUUGCUUCCUUCCUCCUGUACCGUUUACAGCCUUCUCUGUGUUGUCUAUCCAAGGCCUCACACUGGAUUGACUUGACUUAAUCCUCUUGGUCCCUUUAGGAGCAUAGGGCAUCCACCCUGGCUCUUCAACUCACUCACUGCGAGAGCUUUUGCGUCUUGCCAGGAGAUUCCUGCUGGAUUAUUGGAGACGCAUUCUUUCUCAGGAUCAGCUUAAGCUGCCUGAGUCCUUAUGUUAUCCAAUGCUAAACUGGCCUUAGAUCAGUGUUAACAUGCUGAUUGGAAUGCUGCCCUUAUCUACUCUUUAUUGGAGGGUAGUUUGAGGCUGCCAUGUAGGGGAAGGUACUAUAGCGGACUAGGCAUGUCUGGAGGAGAGAGCAGGGAGGCCAGGGAAGAGAGGGAGAGAGUGAGGGGUGCAAAAGAGUUGUGGACCGGACAGACUAGCUCUGCUCAACAUGUCCCUACUACGGAGAUCAGUCUCACCGCUGUCUGUGGAAGUGUAUAGGGCCAUGCCCCUAUCCCCUCUGGGAAGUCUGUCUGUACAUGGAGGCGGUCUUGUCGUCUCUGGAAAGCGGAGGACAUUCUGGGAGCACUUAGAUCUCUAACUGUGUUAUGCUCAUGCCAAGGUUUCUCAUAUCAUUCACUCUGCUGUUGUGGAGCAGUGGUGCCCAUCGAGACUGAUAAACACUUGGUCACGCGCUGGCAGAGCGAUGAACAGAGUGGUGUGUGUGUGUGUUCUCCCUCUGAACAACUCCACCCAUCCUCAUUCGGUGCAGAACAGAAAGUCCAGCAGAAAGACCCACAGAUUCAGGCGUCAUUACCUUUUGUGUGUGUGUUGUCUCUGCAUUGGUGUAUGCGUGUUUAUAUUUUUGUAACGUGACCACACUUCUGUUCCCCCCCUCCUCUCUGUUGACCCAACUGCAUAGAGACAGAAUGACAUUUAGCAUUCUAUGACCACUUAUAAUCACAAACAUUUAUUUGAUUCAUUUAAAACUAAGUACAACCACAUGUUGAUAAUACGUUUAAAAUCAUUGAGGAUGAACGUUAAUGGUCCUAUUUAAAUGACUCAAAUGUACAGACAGUACAUAGUAGGCCUCUGCUACACAGUAGGCCUAGCAUACUUGGGUUAAAGAGUUUAUUUUUAUUUUUUACUUGUAUAGCGCUUUUCAAAGCGCGCACAAAGUGAAACAUUGAAAUGAUGGCGAUUGAAAAUCUGCUGUUUUUGGGAUGAAGUUGAGGCAAUUUGAGCUGGAAAGUCAUUGUAGGUUCAGAGAGGGCAUCGACGGGACAGCCAAGGAGAAACGAAGAGAGUCUGACAAAAAAACUGGCCCAGAGCUCUACAACAGUGCACCACCUGCUUUUCUGAAUGGUCAGUCACUCGAUUGGAGUCAGGAAUGUAGCGCCCACCUGGGUGAGGCCACAGCUGCUGAAAAGCCACUACAUCUUGACAGUAGUUAGGAUCAUUCCCUGAACGGUCCCUGAAUUUCCUCUGCUACCUCUGGCUACAGAAUACAGUUCUUGCUGUAGUCCUUCCAAACGGAUUAAACAAAAAAAAAAACGGAUUAUUUUGAAUCCAGACAAACCGCUAGCUAUCAAGCCAAAAGAUGGACUUUUCAUCACAAUCCUGCAACUCUGAGAGUCAAGACCACAGGAUAUAGAGCAGUCAAAACCCACAAAAAAAAUACACACAUUUAGAGCUCUUUGCCUAGGCUAUGUUAUGAUGCCAUGGCAACCACAGAACCAAUAAGCAUAAUCAUCAUAAUAUUAUAACCAUCAAUAACAUCAAUGUCUUACACUGCAGCGCUUCGCCUAGCUAUACUGUACUCUCCUGUGUCUGACAACCAAACAUUUUAAUUUAAUUGUGUUAGACUUGUGCUUUAGGGUUAUUUUUGGUUACUCAAAAUUGGGCGGACACACAGGACGUGUGGACAUUUAGCGUGAGCGGCGUCAGGGUGGUGCUGUGCCCUAUUAGGAAGACCUUCAGGCUGUCUGGCUCUUACCUGGGUGAGCACCCCAGUCUGACUGGUGAAAUAUCUGAGGGAUCAACUACUAUCAUCGUCCUAAAUUGUCACACUAGGUGUUGUCAACUAAUUGUAGCCUAUAUGACUAAUGUCACACUACUUAUAUUCCCGAAUAGGUUAGUUAUGCAUGACAUAUCUCUACUUCUGGGCCUGUAUCCACGAAGCGUCUCCAAUUAGGAGUGCUGAUCUAGGAUCGGGACCCUACCUGUCCGUAUAAUCAUAUCAAGGAAUCAAAUCUGAAGGGCCUAGAUCAGCACUCCCACGCUGAGGCGCUUUAAGGACACGGUGCCCAGAUGUCUGUCAAUCCAGGGUCUCGACCAUAUCGUUUUUUUCUCUGAAAGGGCAACUAAACUAGCAUAUCCUCGUCAUCUGACAGUAGCCACCUCAAACAUGGUGGAAACUGGCUUACCCUGUUAGAUAGAUGUAAGGAUACUGUGGAUAAAUGAUCUUCCAAUAGUGUCUAAAACUCUGACACCUCUUGUCAAUCUCCCCUAGAUACUGUGGUAGAGUGCAAAGGAUUGCAUGGGAUUAGCUAUAACAUAAAAAAAACCUGUGACAAGAGCACCACCUAGCUUCCUUGUAGAUUAGGUUGAGUUUCCACCAUGUUGUGCUUUGUCUACACCGAUCUGAUCCUCUCAUAUCCAGGACUGUGUUGGGUUAAUUCGAACGUAAGGAGUUGAUUUUUAUGGACUGGGUGUGCUUUAUGGGUUCCUUUUAGCUUUGGGCAGGUUUUAUUUGGAGUUCCCUUUUUAAUGAGUCUAAAUUGAAAGCAUGAGACUCUACUGCACUUGUGUGUUGCUGCUGUAUGCAGUGUGACACUGCUUUGAACCAGUAGUGGGAGACAUACUCCAACCGUUUUAGAGAUACUGAAGUGUUUGAAGUUACUUCCAUGUACACACGAUGUAAAAGUAAUUUUCUGAUUGUAUAAAAUAGUUUGCUUGCCUUACUCUUCAUGAAUACAUAGUUAAAAAAAAAAAAAUUAAGACUUGAUUUGUAUUCUUUUUGGGUUUUAAAAUUAAGUCAUAUUGGAUUUCCUUAAGAGGAGGCACCACAACCCCUCUGUAAAGUCUUAUGCUGUGAAGAGUGCUACUUGUGUUUUUUUUAAAUCUCUUCUCGAUUUUUCUGUCUCAAGAAGAGACAUUUUUAAUUGGUCAGUGAACGACCAAUAACAGUUGCUUUCCUUGUCCCAGUCCUGUAGGAAUUUGCUCAGAGAAUGGGAAUUUCUCAGUCUGGUAUUCUGAAAAUGUUGUGUUUUGAAGUCAUGUAGCCCGAAGCGGUCUUUUACAGUGUCUGCUCCCCUUUUCUAUCAGGCUGGCUGCAUAUUCCACGAAGGCAAUUCGAUUGGUUACUUUUUUUCUAUUCUGUUUUAAUUUGCUACAGUUUUGCACUGAAGAGAAGAUGGCCUAUUGGAUGCUUUCUAGUUGUCAUUACAACAUUACUUGACAUUUUAAUGUUCAUUUCAUUUCAUUUUUUGGAUAUUUAUUUUUGGAAUCAGUAAUCAAUAAUCAGUAUUAUUGUGUACAGGAAGUCUCAUUGUGAGAAUAUUCUGGAUAUUAAUAUUGUUUGUGCCAAUUAUCAACGCUCCACUGUAAUUAAGGAUGACAGUCAUGUACCAAUAACUGCUACUAAUAAAGAAAACAUAUUACA